ACAUAUCUUAAUAUAAUCGAUGAAACAAAUCAAAUAUUAUAUAGAGCAAAUGUGAAACGCGCGCCAGCCGGUGAAAAGUUGUGUUUUAUUUACGUUAUUGUAGAGUUGAACCAAAAAUAUAUUUGCAUUUGCUCCGGUUAUUAUUAAUCAUUAAUUCUUGUAAUUCACCUAUUAACUAAAAACUGAAAGCGCUAAAAUGGCUCUGUGGGUUGAUAAACAUCGUCCGCGUGAGCUAGCCAAAUUAGAUUAUCACAAAGAGCAAGCUGAAAAUUUGCGAAAUCUUUGUCAACAAGGGGAUUUCCCGCAUCUUAUGUUUUAUGGUCCCUCAGGUGCUGGUAAGAAGACACGGAUUAUGUGCUUGUUGCGCGAAUUAUAUGGUGCCGGCGUUGAAAGACUACGCAAUGAAACAAUGACUUUUACCACACCGUCGAAUAGAAAAGUGGAGGUCAUGACUGUUGGUAGUAAUUAUCAUCUAGAAGUCAAUCCAUCAGAUGCGGGUAUUUAUGAUCGCGUUGUGGUUAUCGACCUUAUUAAGCAAGUGGCACAGACACAUCAAAUUGAUGCAUCCGGACAGCGUGAAUUUAAAGUAAUAGUACUCUCAGAAGUAGAUGAACUAACCAAAGAUGCACAGCAUGCGCUUCGUCGUACAAUGGAGAAGUAUGUAGCUACAUGUCGCAUUAUACUGUCAGUAAACUCUACGUCGCGUGUGAUACCGGCAAUAAGGUCACGUUGUUUGGGUAUACGUGUGGCAGCGCCCAACGAAGAUGAAAUAAUAUCGGUACUUCAACUGACUUGCAAACGUGAAGGUUUGACAUUGCCGGCCGAGUUGGCUGCACGUAUAGUGGAAAAAAGUGAACAUAAUUUACGGCGUGCGCUGUUAAUGUUGGAAGCAUGUAAGGUGCAUCAAUAUCCUUUCACUGGGCAACAGGAUAUUGUUGAACUAGACUGGCAAGUGUAUUUGCGCGAAACAGCUAAUCAAAUAGUGACGGAACAAACGCCCGCGAAAUUAGAGAAAAUACGUGAUCGUUUAUAUGAGCUGCUUGCCCAAGGAGUGCCACCAGACAUGAUUUUUCGUGGACUAGUAGAGCAACUUGUGAGAAAUUGUGAUAUGUCAAUUAAAGCGAAAACUUUGGAGUAUGCGACCCUAUACGAACACCGCAUGCAAAAUGGCUCAAAACACAUAUUUCAUUUGGAGGCAUUUGUUGCACAAUUUAUGAAUAUCUAUAAGAAAUUCAUGUCCGAAUCGAUGAUGAUGGACGAUUUUUAGUUGUGUGAAAAGGUGAAAAAUUUAUUUGUUUAAUGUAAUGUUUUAGAAAGUAAUAAAAACUGGAAUCUUUACAAAAGGUGA